AGUUAGGUGUUGUUAAUUCCUUUAAAUAGGGAGUUAAAAACACCCUAAAAAAGAGGUGCGCAACCCCUUAAGAGAAAAAGAGUGCAAUUUGAUUGUUUUCGUGCAUAUUAUAUAUCUAAAAUAUGGCAUGCCCAAAACCAACAGAAACCACAGAUGUGUGCGAUGCAAACUCUCCUCUCCUAGCUACAGGUGAGCUACGAGUCUUAAACCAAAUAUUCAAACCAUAUGGGCUUCGUCGAGCCUUCAGUGGCCGUGUGGUGACUGUGAAGUCAUUCGAGGACAAUGCUGCGGUGGUGGAAGCCAUAUUUGAAAACCAUCUACGCGAGCCAAAAGUCCUAGUCAUUGAUGCUGGGGGAAGCCUAAGGCGGUCCAUGGUUGGGAGUAUUAUAGCCCAAAUGGCUCACGACAUGGGAUGGGCUGGAAUAGUUGUGAAUGGAUGCAUAAGAGAUAUUGACUAUAUUAAUGCUAUGGAUAUUGGUAUUCGAGCCUUGGGAUGUGUUCCGGUGAGAUCCUCCAAGAAAGGAGGUGGUGAGAAGCAUGUUACGGUUCAGUUUGCUGGCGCUUUGAUUAGGGAUGGUGAAUGGCUAUGUGCUGAUAAUAGUGGGAUUUUGGUGUCUAAUUUUGAGCUAUCUGUACUCGGACCAACCUAUCGUCCUAUUUUACAUAAAAAUGGGACUAAUAGUAAGGAUGGGGGUCAUUACUAUUACUACUACACUCAUACCAUUGCUGACUACACUAGCCCGGCUGAACCUCACCGUUUAUUCGCGGCUCACUUUCUCGACGACCACAACUUUUUACCAAAGUUCGUUCCUGAGUCAUAUGAGAGCAUUGAGUAUGUUGUUGGUGAAUCCACUGCGGUUGGGUCUAUCAAGUUGAUCAAGUUUCCCCAAGGGAAUCCAUUCAAAUAUAUGAAGAACAUGGUGGAUGAAAUUGAUAAUGAUAACCUAUACAUCAAGUACACAACUAUAGAAGGUGAUAUUCUUGGGGACAAAUGGGAUCAUAUUGUGUAUGAAGUCAAGAUUGAACCUUCCAUUACAGGAAGUCACUUUAGGAUGACAGGCCACUACCACGCUAAGAAAGACGCCGUGCCAACAGAAGAGGAUGUUAUAUUUGGGCAAGAUGAGCUGAAGCACAUACAUAAGAUCGUUCAAGAAUCAGUCAUGUUGAACCCUCAACUCUAUGUCUGAGAUCAACAAUUAAUCAGUUCUUAAACAACAUGCAUAAUAACCUUAUUAAAUGGGAAAAGUGGACCUGGCUGGUCCUUAGUAUUACCCCCAAUAAAUGUAUAACUUGUCGAUCUUAAUAUCUAAAGAAUACCUCGUAGUAUUUUAUUUUAAAAAAAUAAAAAUUAGAUAGUUUUCUUUCAAGACUAUCUACUGUAGUAUAUUGAAAAACUUAUUUGUAAAAAAGUUGAAGUCACUACUACAAAAUAGGGAAUAGAAAGCGCUGAAUAGAGAACGGUUAUGUUUGUUAAGCGUUGUCUAGGGAUAUAGAGAACGCAUUUCUCUUAUAACUGUUGUAUGAGAAAAAGAAUAGAGUACGAUUGUCUUACCUAACUGUCUUAUAUUCUUUACCAUAAUUUAAAAAAAAGUUAUCAAAUUUAAAUUUUUUGAAUAAAAUAUAAAGUUGUAUUAAAGACACCCUCUUUGUAUUCUUUUACAACAAAAAAUAAACUUUAAUUUAAAAAUCUGCGUUUAAUUUUUUUCCAAAAUCAAUAGCUCACUUAACAAACUCAAACAAUUUUUUUAAAAAGAAAAAAAGUACCAAAACAAGAUUUUAUGAGUUAGGCGGCAGAUCCGCAUAAUCCCUCAAGAAAACUCUGUGGGGCUGGUAUUUUGGGUGAUUAUUUUAGGAUAGAGAUUGGUUUAACAUCAGCCAACUCAAGAUCCAACAUCUAAAGAACUGAGUAUUGGUAAAAUCGAGUUCAGGGACUUCGAUUUGGGAAGACAUCAGAUGGCUCGUCGCCUCCGGGAUAAUUACUAUGCCAAAUUCUUAUCAAAGAUGGUAGUGCAGGGCAUGGUUGAUACUCACAAGCAGGGCCGCAGGGAGUAAGAGAGAGGAAAAGGGGGAAAAAGAAAACAAAAGAAGUAAGGGAUGGUUGAACUCUUCAUGCGAGUGUUUCUACUUAUUCAGGUCCAGAAUCAAGACUGUUUAACACAUCAGAAUAUUUGAGGCCAAGGAAGAAGAUUAAGUAGAGCGACCAGUUCUUUUGAAGCUGAUGUUCCGGCAACGAUUUCCAUGAAGUUGAUGUUCGGAAGAAUUGAAGUUGUUUUACUAUGCUGGCAACACUAGUUUGGUUAAAGCUCAUGGUUCACUGGGUGAGCAGUAGGUUAGUUGUACUAGGUUAUAAGUUAAAGGGUAUGGAAUAUGGUGUAGGUAUAAAGGGUAUGAAGUAUAUGGUGCAAUACGUUAUUGUAGGUUUAUUGAGUCUUUGUUUUAGUAGAAAUACCUUUUUUUUAAGGGAAUUUAAUCAGUAUCAUUAUGAAGGUUGCAGCUUGUACAAACGUUAUUUGUUGAUUUAUAUAUUUAAUGCUCAUUUAUCCAAUAAAAUAAUAUAUAUAUAUAUAUAA